AUGCCGAGCGCUCAGACGGCUGCACACGAGUGCGUUUCAGAGGAAGCCCUUCAGCACCUCCGCUUGUACAAGUACUCUAGCGUUGACAAGUCCUUCAUAUCCCGAUACGUCCUGAAGCACUACUGGAAUGGAUUUGUUGAACUUCUGCCCAUGUGGCUGGCACCGAACCUGGUUACUCUACUUGGAUUCUGCUUCAUAUUAGGAAACAUAAUAAUAUUGGAGUUGUAUGUUCCGGACCUUGUGGGACCUGCACCUUCCUGGGUAUACUUUAGCUUUGCGUUCGGGCUUUGGAUGUACUCCACUAUGGACAAUGUAGACGGCAAGCAAGCACGACGUACCGGUACUUCGAGUCCAUUGGGGGAGCUUUUCGAUCACGGCAUCGAUUCUUUGAAUUGCACGCUAGCAAGUCUUCUUGAAGUCGCAGCUAUGGGCUAUGGCGCCUCUAAAACUGGCGCUUUCACGGCCCUCGUCCCAGUGCUGCCCAUGUUCUUCUCAACAUGGGAGACGUACCAUACUCAUACGCUCUAUCUUGGAUACUUCAAUGGACCUACUGAGGGAUUGAUCAUCGCUUGCCUCAUAAUGUGUGCCUCGGGGUACUAUGGUCCUGACAUUUGGUCAACACCGCUCGCUGCUUUCGCGCCCAGUUAUGAGAAAUACCUCGACGAUAUCACCUUCCGUGAUUUGUGGGUGCCCAUAAUCUUGGUUGCCUUCUUCGUGGCGCACCUCCCAGCCUGUGUCGUCAAUGUCGCUCGUGCGCGCCGUGCUCAGAACCUUCCCAUUGCGCCACUGUUCUGCGAGUGGAUACCAAUCAUUGUCUUUGUUGGAGCCAGCAUGGCCUGGCUUGGUUCGCCCUACUCUUUCAUACUCAAGGACAAUCAUCUGGUCUUGUACUGCUUGGUUAUGUCCUUAGUCUGCGGACGCAUGACGACGAAAAUCAUCCUCGCGCACCUGACCCGUCAGCCAUUCCCGUAUUGGACUGUCAUGUUGGUUCCAAUGGUUGGCGGUGCUCUGCUUGUCAACCAUCCUUAUGUCACACUCAAGGGGACGACGUUCGGACCCGUUUCCGCGAACUUCGAACUAUGGUACCUGAGGGCGUAUUUUGUCUUUGCUGCUGUUGUGUACGGCAGAUGGGCGCAUCUUGUCAUCACCAGUAUCUGCAACUUUUUGGGCAUCAACUGCUUGACCAUUGCGCCGAAACCGCUUAAGAAGGAAAGCGGCCUACGGUCUCCCGGUCUUCCCAAUGGAGUCCGCCCUGAGAAAGGACGGACGGACUAG